AUGCGUGUUGCGAGUGCGCUUGUGUCCGCGCUGGCCUUGGCCGGCACGGGUGUUGCCAAAAUCUCCCGCCGUGCUAUUGACGAGAACGUCCGUCCGUCUAACGACACUGCUGUCGAGCCCAAGAAGUUCAUCUUGGAACUUGAGCAGGGAGCCGAUAAAGAUGCCCUCGUCAAGGAGAUCGAGACCAAGGCGGGCAGUAAGGUCCUCAAGGUCUUCGAUUCGUCCAUCUUCAGCGGCAUCGCCGUCGAGUCUGACAGCGAGAACACUGACUCGCUCGAGGCCCUCCUGCCGGUCGUCAAGGCCUGGCACUCGAGCCGCAUACAGCUCGCGCCCGUCGUCACCGGGGACUCCUUCAGCGACGACGCCGCGGCGCUCAACUACUCCAUCCACUGGAUGACCGGCGUCGACAAGCUCCACGAGCAGGGCAUCCUCGGCAAGGGCGUCAAGGUCGGCAUCGUCGACACCGGCACCGAGUACACCCACCCCGCCCUGGGCGGCUGCUUCGGCGCCGGCUGCAAGGUCGCCGCCGGCUACGACUUCGUCGGCGACGACAACUACUGGCCAUACCCCGGCGAGGAGCGGCAGCCGGACGAGGACCCCAUGGACGCCGCCGGCCACGGCACCCACGUCGCCGGCAUCGUCGCCGGCAAGUCGUCCGAGUUCACCGGCGUCGCCCCCGAGGCCACCAUCUACUCCUACAAGGUCUUCGGCCCCAACGAGGGCACCGGCGAGGAGGUCCUUAUCGAGGCCUUCCUCCGCGCCUUCGCCGACGGCGUCGACAUCAUCACCGCCUCCGUCGGCUCCACCGGCGGCUGGGCCAACAACGCCUGGGCCCUGGUCGCGGACCGCAUCGUCCAGCAGGGCGUCGUCGUGACCAUCGCCGCCGGGAACUCGGGUGACGUCGGCCCCUUUUUUGCAAGCAGCGGCGCCUCCGGCAAGGAGGUCCUCGCCAUCGGCUCCGCCGACGCCUCCAUCGUCUCCGCCCGCCAGUUCGCCGGCACCUUCAACCUCGACGGCCAGUCCAACCGCACCAUCCUCGGCUACCGCCCCGCUGAGGACCUCUUCCCCGCCGACAUCGUCGGCUGGCCCAUCGUCCCCGUCACCCUCAACAUUAGCGUCGAGAACGACGCCUGCGAGCCCCUCGCCGAGGGCAUCAACUUCAACAACACCAUCCCGCUCGUCCGCUUCGACGAGGGCUGCGAGGACUGGGAGCGCCAGCGCUGGGUCCAGGAGCGCGGUGCAAAGUUCAUGCUCUUCUACCUCACCGACCGGGCCGUCCUCGGCCACUCGGGCCGCGGCUGGGCGCAGAGCCGCUGGGGCCUGCUGUCCAAGGACGCCGGCGAGGCCAUCGUCAAGACGUACAUCGCCGGCGGCAACGUCACCGCCGACUUUUCCCUCGACCAGAAUAGCAACUACGUCGCCAUGUACAACGCCGGCGGCGGCAAGCCCUCCACCUUCACCUCCUGGGGCGGCACCUUCGACCUCGAGCUCAAGCCCGAUGUCACCGCUCCGGGCGGCCGCAUCUUCGCCCCCUUCGUCGGCGGCCGCUACAGGGAUCUCUCUGGCACAUCAAUGGCAUGCCCGUACGUCGCCGGCGUCGCGGCGUUAUACAUCUCCGCCCAUGGCGGCCGCUCCGUGCACGGCGCCGGCUUCGCCAAGACGCUGGCCAACCGCAUCAUCGCGUCUGGCCGCGCGGUCCCUUGGUCCGUCGGCACCACGCGCGACUUUGGCUUCUGGGCGCCGCCGAUCCAGGUCGGCAGCGGCCUGAUUGACGCCGUCGCCGUCCUCAACGCGACUUCGCAGCUGUCUGGGGAGACCAAGUUCGCUCUCAACGACACGAACCACUUCUCGCGGUACCACGAGGUCGACAUCAGCAACACGGGCACCACGGAGCUGGAGUACCGGUUCCAGGUGCAGGCUGCGGGCGGGUUUGAGUCUUACUGGACACCUGAGGCUGCUUCCAACCCCGAGCUGAUUGGUGUGCCUCGCAUCAAGGACUUCAUCGAGAUCGAGCCGUUCAAGAUUGAUGCUGUUGUCGGUCUGCCGUCUGGAACCUUCAAGGUCGGACCUGGCGAGACCAAGACUGCCAAGUUCUCUUUCGACAUUCCCCAAGGCCUUAACUCCUCUAGACUUCCCAUCUGGAGUGGAAAGGUUCUCAUCAGUGCCAGCAACGGUGAUGUUCUCUCCGUGCCCUACUAUGGCGUCGGUGGAAGCAUCAAGCACGACAUUGUCGACAUGUUCUACACCUCCAUGGGCUAUCCCCGCAUUGCCUCUGGUCUCAACAGAACUCUCAUCUCCGAGAAGUCAAGCUUCACCUUCGACCUCUCCCUCGCCGCCCAGGACUUUGUCAGGCUCCAAGUCGCCUUGACCUGGGGCACCCGCGAACUGCGCUGGGAUAUCUAUGAGCCUUCGUACCAGGAACGCGAAUGGGCCUACCCUCCCGUCGUCGGCGAGAACAAGUACAUCGGCUCCGUCGCCUCCUUCGACGUCUACAACACCGUCAACUACCCCAACUUCGACCCCGCCACCGACAGCGUGAACAACACCUUCUCCUACCCGCUGCAGUACCAGCCCCGCGACUCUCCAUACGAGUCCUGGUGGCUCGGUAAGCUUGCCGACGGCUCUCAAAUCAAGCCCGGCAAGUACAAGAUGCGCAUCGCUGCCUUGGUUCCGUUCGGGAACCCCAAGGCGUCGGAUAACUGGGAGAUCUACGAAACCCCCGUGAUUGAGGUCCUUCCCCUUCCCAGCAACUCUACUGCUGCACUUCGUCACAGGAGGAUGUGA